AAUGGAUUCUGAAGCCCUUAAAAAAUACUCAGCAUUACAUCCUAAACCUGCUGGACUUACUCUUCAGUAUGGCACCGCUGGAUUUCGCACCAAGGCCGAGCAGCUUGAUCACGUCAUGUUCCGCAUGGGCUUGCUGGCAGUUCUCAGGUCCAAAGCCAUGGUAUCUACUAUUGGCAUCAUGGUUACAGCAUCGCACAAUCCUGAAGAAGAUAACGGCGUAAAGCUGGUUGAUCCUCUUGGAGAAAUGCUGCACCCUUCCUGGGAAGAGUAUGCCACGCAACUAGCGAAUGCAGAGGAUCAGGAAUUACAGAACAUAAUAGCUGAGAUCUGCCAAAAAGCAGCAGUGAACCAGCACAAAGAUGCUUCAGUUUUUCUUGGUAGAGACACCAGGCCAAGCAGCGAGAAACUUUCACAGUCAGUAAUAGAUGGUAUCUCCGUCCUGGGUGGUCAGUACCACGAUUAUGGUCUGGUGACAACGCCACAGCUACAUUACAUGGUCUGCUGUCGAAACACCCAAGGGCAGUAUGGGGAAGCAACGCUGGAAGGUUAUUACAAAAAAAUAUCCAAAGCUUUUACAGAACUGAUAAAACAGUCUCCCAGCCCUGGAGAGAGUCAGAGGCACCUGAAGAUUGACUGUGCCAAUGGAAUAGGAGCCCUCAAACUAUCAGAAAUGGAGCCCUACUUUCCAAAGGAGGUUUUAAUUCACCUAUAUAAUGAUGGAACCAAGGAGAAACUCAAUCACUUAUGUGGUGCAGAUUUUGUGAAAGUUCACCAGAAACCACCUAGAGGGCUGGACAUGAAGCCCAAUGAGAGAUGCUGCUCAUUUGAUGGCGAUGCAGAUAGAAUUGUUUAUUACUAUAAGGACGCAACUGGCCAUUUUCACCUAAUCGAUGGAGAUAAAAUAGCAACUUUGAUUAGUGUCUUCCUUAAAGAGCUUCUCACCAAGGUGGGACACACCUUAAAGAUGGCCGUGGUACAAACAGCUUAUGCCAAUGGAAGUUCGACACGCUACCUGGAGGAAACACUGAAGGUACCUGUGCACUGUGUCAAAACAGGAGUGAAACACUUGCAUCACAAGGCCCAGGAGUUUGAUGUUGGUGUUUAUUUUGAGGCAAAUGGACACGGUACAGUAUUAUUUAGUAAAGCUGCUGAAACUAAAAUAAGACAACUGGCAAAAGAGGAGAAAGAUGAUGGAAAAAGAGAAGCAGCAAAGGUGCUCGAAAACAUGAUUGACUUGAUUAAUCAGACAGUGGGUGACGCCAUCUCAGACAUGCUGGUGAUUGAAGCAAUCCUGGCUUUGAAGGGCCUGACGGCGCAGCAGUGGGAUGCCCUCUACACUGACCUCCCGAAUCGGCUGCUCAAAGUUCAG